UCAGCUCUUUGUAUGAGAUUAAACAGUGUCGGUAACCUACAGAGCUGCUCCUCCUCCUGGCGCACGGCGCACAGGGCUGACUGGCUCUUUAAGAGGGAUAAAGACGACAGCUCCACACGAGCCAAGCGCAUCGAUGCCGCGCUUUACAUUUCAUCAGUAAUUUACAAACAGCUGCUGCAGGGAUCCUUCAGCACCAUCGUUACUUCUACAUAUUCAUUCAUGUGAAGUCAAACGUUGUGUAUCUCUAGGAGGAGAAAUGCGACGCCGCGUCCAGCCGCGUUGCUCUCUGGUGCGUAAUUGAUUCGGACGUCCUGUACACCAGCCAGGCCGUUGCCCCCCUCACCUUGAGUUGCCCAGAGAGCUCAGUUUUAGAGUUAAGAAAACAGAAUACAUAGAAUAAUGGAGGACAAACGCAAGAAGCGGAGCCCGAAGGUGUCUCUCCCCCAGCCCCCUCCUCCCCCCAUCAACCCCCGCAAGCUCUCCGUCCUGCCUGCCAGCAAAAGUGCCACCUUCUCCCUCGGCCUGCCGCAGCCUCCCUCCCCCAAGAACAGAGGCAAGUAUAAGAGAUCCAUCGGAGCGCCGGGGCAGCCCAAAGAGGUGUUCACAGCCGUCGUACCGCCACCAAAGACCACCAGACCCCACAAGGAGAAGCCCAAGGCGCCCCAGCCAGCGGGGCCCAGUAAAGUAGUCCAGUCUUCCCCCCUGCAGCACUCCUUCCUUACAGAUGUCUCCGAUGUGAGAGAGAUGGAGGGAGGCCUCCUCAACCUCCUCAAUGACUUCCACUCAGGCAAACUACAGGCUUUCGGCAAAGUGUGCUCCUUUGAGCAGCUGGAACAUGUGCGUGAGAUGCAGGAGAAGCUGGCGCGACUGCACUUCAGCCUCGACAGCCAUGUGGAGGAGCUUUCUGAGGACCAGAGGAAGUGUGUCUCUGACCACAACCUGGAACACCUGCUCUGUAAUCUGGAGGAGCUCAGCACCUCGAUACAAAAGCUCAACUUGGCUGAGAACCAGGACCUGCCCAAGACAUCUGGUCCCUGACAGAGUGAGGCGUACGGGACGGCAACCGCGCACACUCAUCUUCUCCCAACAUCUAACAAGUCCGGGUUGCCAUGGCAUUGAUCCAGCUGCCUUAGUAACAGAAUGGAAAGAUCCUCGGGAGGAGGGGCUAUUUUUCCAUUUGGUCAGUGAAGCUGAGGGAACAAUACAGCGACAGGAAGCAGCAGAGCAUUAAAUGAACACUCAACCUAAAUCAGAAACCCCUCAUUCAUAGCACAAAAAAAAAAAAAGAAAAGAAAAAUGACUGCAUGGAACGGGAAUGCGAGAGGAACGUGUUUUUUGUUAGCUUGGAACAGUUUCUCGGCAUCAGCGAACUUGGCUUCAGUUAUUGGUUCUAUCACUUCAGCAAAUAACUGAAUCCAGAUGAGUGUCGUCAUUGGCUCUCUGUUUUUCAUGAGAAAAAAGCACAUUUCAUGAGAUUUGAAGAAUUUCUAUUGUACUUUAGUUCAUGUUAUGCCGUCAUUUUAGUAAGCCAAGGUAUGACUUUUGCACCACAUCCAAGUAGCAAACAUAUUUGACCCUUUUGACAACACCACUGUGGUUUAGCUCAGAAGUUUUUAGGGAGUUUUGCUAUUAUUCCGAAUGCACUCCCUCAUUUUUAUACCUUUGCUAAAAGUUUGUAACUGGAAAACCGACUGGAUUUGCUCAAAGCUGGGUGUUCCUUUCUUAUAACUGUGCUUUUCGAAGGGACUAUGUGAGGAGACCUAAUGUACAAAAAUGUAUUUGAUUAUCUGCUAUGUAAAUUACAGAUAAAGCAGUUUGAUUAUGUGCAGUUCAGCUACUGUUUGUUGACAGGAUUGCCUUGAGGAUUUUUUGAACAAGGGCCCAGCAGCAUCAACCCUCCAAGCACAAGCUAACCCACCCUGCUACUGAAAUGCUGUAAAAUGGCCUACUGUCUCAUGUAGGUCACACAGGGAGUCCAGUCUGACACAGGAGGACAUUCAGUUGUCUCUCGUGACACUGUGUUGGACAGCGCUUGCACAGUGAAGUGCAGCUGGCAGAAAUCUCUGUACAGUGCUAUUUCAAAAUGGCAGCUACUUUCAUAGUUAAAGGUUUACAGAGAAAGGUUAUGAUUUGUAUUUUAUUGAGUUUCAAAACCUGGCAGCAGUGUGCGAACUACAGGGGAGUCAAGGAGAAUGUGGCUUCUAUGAACAAUACAUGAGCUUUUUCUGAAAUUUUAGAGGCUUUACAAUAUUGGCAAUAUGCUAUUUAUGCCAUGCAUUUCUAUUUUUCCAUAUCUUCAUCAUCACGGAUCAGGCAUAAAAUCAGGUUGUUAUUAAUGUGUGGUUCCUGCAUGAGAUUAUUCAUCACUAAUUCACUUUAGUAAAGAUACCAGCAAUGCAUGCUGAUCUUGUUAGCGUCAUUGAAGCAUGGUAGUGCGAUAUAAUAAACUGAACUUAAACCCAACAAAAAUAUAAACGCAACACUUUUGUUUUUUCUCCCAUUUUUUAUGAGAUGAACUCAAAGAUGUAAAACUUUUUCCACAAACACAAUAUCACCAUUUCUCUCAAAUAUUGUUCACAAAUCUGUCUAAAUCUGUGACAGUGAGCACUUCUCCUUUGCUGAGAUAAUCCAUCCCACCUCACAGGUGUGCCAUAUCAAGAUGCUGAUUAGACACCAUGAUUAGUGCACAGGUGUGCCUUAGACUGCCCACAAUAAAAGGCCACUCUGAAAGGUGCAGUUUUAUCACACAGCAAAUCAUGGUGUCUAAUCAGCAUCUUGAUAUGGCACACCUGUGAGGUGGGAUGGAUUAUCUCAGCAAAGGAGAAGUGCUCACUAUCACAGAUUUAGACAGAUUUGUGAACAAUAUUUAAGAGAAAUGGUGAUAUUGUGUAUGUGGAAAAAGUUUUAGAUCUUUAAGUUUGUCUCAUAAAAAUGGGAGCAAAACCAAAAGUGUUGCGGUUAUAUUUUUGUUGAGUGUACUUCAACCCAAAGAUCAGAGAAAAAAAAAGUUUUUGACACCAGCUGCCAUAAAACCAAGCAGACAAACAAACCUAACCACUGUGCUGCAGAUAGCAUGCAGCAGCAGCUACAUGUAAUAGGUUCAGAUGUUAUAGCUGAAAAUGUGAAAAAAGUGAGCUCCCCAAUAGCCAUGAUGUAGUUCUCACACUGUGUGGCAGAGAACCUUGGCCAUCAUUUUUAAUCCCUGUCAAGCCAAUUACAGCGAUAUGAGUUUUCAACCUGAAACAUCAAAGCAUUGCAAAGUAUUGGUGUGUCUUUUUUUUUUUUUUACUGCUUGCUAAGCCUACCUCUUUUUCAAAGCCUUGGAAUAUGUAAAAGAUUUCUGUCUGGUUGCUCCAUCAAAGAGCCUUUUCAGUCAGCUAUUUCCUAUUAUUUUAACAUAAAGAGGGGUCAUCAACAGAAGGCUAGCCACCAUUAGCUUUACAGACAUGUCAUAUGAAUUAAGAACAUUUAAAAUAAAAAACACUUGUAAAAGAUCUCAUGUAUUCAGGAAAUGCGCCCAUUAAUAAAGGUGAAUUAUGUAAACUAAAA